GUGGUUGUUGGCCGAAAAGAGGCCAACCAAAUCUUUGUAGAAUUCCAUGCCAGCCCGUAUGGAGCACACUGCGGAACAGAGAAGACCAAGUUAGCCAUUUCAUCCAGAUUUUAUUGGCCUGGAAUGGGGGUGGACAUCGAUAAAUGGGUUUUGCAGUGUGCAGACUGCCAAUUUAGCAGGCUGUCCAUUAAACAGGAGCCCAAGUACAUCCCAAUAUGUGUGACUAAGCCUCUGGAACUGCUGGGUAUGGACCUUGUGGGCAAAGUCACCAGGACAAGAAAAGGAAAUGAGUACAUCUGUGUCCUGGUUGACUAUUAUACCAAAUGGGCAGAAGCCUAUGCAAUUCCAAAUAAAUCAGCCGCAGUUGUCUCCCGCUGUAUCAUCAACUUCUUUUACAGGUUUGGGGCACCAAAGAGGAUACUCACUGAUCAAGGCAGUGAGUUUGUGAACCAGAUCAAUAGAGAGCUCUGUGGCUUCCUCAGUGUGGAAAGAAGCCUCUGUGCCCCAUAUCAUCCACAGACUAAUGGGCUUGUGGAAAAACUAAAUGGUACCAUUCAGAGAGCCUUGUGUAAACUUGUGGGUUCACAAUCAGAAAAAUGGGAUGAGUACCUAGAUGCAGUAAUGUUUGGUCUAAGAACCAAGACUCAGCUGACAACUAGGUACUCCCCAUUUUUCUUAAUGUUUGGCAUGGAGGCACGAUAUCCUUGUGAGGUGCCUGAGACAUUUGAGAUCAACAGCACAGUGGAGUCUGUCAUCGCAGAAAACACUGUGUCCGAGGCCAUUUCUCUCAAGGAGAAAAUGGACCACAUUGUUAAAGAGAAUGUGGGCAAAAAACAGGAGCGACGACACCGGGUGGCAACUCAGGCACCGUUCUCUGUAGGCCAAAAGGUCCUACGGAAAAACAUAAGGACCCAGCAGAGGAAGGGGGGAAAGCUUGAGCGCAGCUGGUUGGGGCCAUAUGAAAUCGUAUUCCUCAAAGAAAAGAGUGCGGAUCUGAGGGAUGAGAAGGGUCACACAUACCCCAAAAUUAAUACAGACCACUUAAAAUUAUUUAAAGAGGAAACACCCCGGGUACCCCACAGACUUCUUCUAGAUGAACCCCAACUUAAAAGACCACAUCAAGAAACUUCACCUUCUCCUGUAGACAUCAUCACUAAAGAAGAGCAACCCCCACCAUCACCUCCAUCCUCCCCAACUGCACCAAAGCCUUCUCCCUGUGACUCCCCCAAAUCCUCCACUUCCCUGUCUCCACUGGAUUUAUCAGCGCCACUUUCCUCUCCUGUGUCCCACCCCACUACACUGCCAACGGUUAUACCAGCUGAUGCCAAGGAUGCAGUGCAUAGCUAUAUCAAAAGUGCCUGGGCUGGGAAUGACAGUGUAGUACUGCUGUCCAAAGUGGGACCCCAUAAGUUAUUCUACCAAGACAUUUUACAGGUCGGCCCUGGAAAGGAGUUGGAGAGUGAGGUAAUCAAUGCAUACCUGAUGCUAAAAGUAAGGCACCACAAUUUGACCUCACCAGAGAAGGCCUUCCAUAUGGACACAUUUGCUAUAACCGCAAUGUGGAAUGGAAAAUAUCAGGGCCUCAAGGUGAACCCAGCAAACUAUGAUGUCAUAGUGGGCAUUGUCAAUGAGUGCCACCAUUGGUUUUUAGUUGCUAUAUACCCAUCCCAAAAAAAAACCAUUCUACUUGACCCACUUGGGGAGUCUGACAUCAAGAAGAAAAGGUGUUUGGAAACAACAAGAGCAUUCAUGAGACAAAAGGGAAUUCCAGUUUCACGCUGGGUGUGCGAAAGUCCUCCUCACCCACUUCAAAUGGAUUCUACAUCAUGUGGUGUGUUCGCUUUGAAGUUUGCAGAGCAUAUUUUGCAAAAUACCAACAUUGACUUCUCCAAUGCGCCACAAGACGUAGCACAAUUCAGAAUGGAGAUUGCAUCAACACUGCUUGAACAAUCUGAUGACCUAAGUGACCUGUGUCACUUUUGUGGGGAGGCAGAAACAUUUGAUGACUCUGCAGAAGUUCUCUGGAUUUCCUGUGAUUACUGUGGGCGAUGGUUCCAUAUGGAUUGUGUUAAUAAUCCAUCCACAGAAAAACAAUACAAAUGCUUUUCCUGCAAUAAAUCAAAUUGAAUU